CCCUCGUGAGCCCAGCUAUACAACCUCCUCUCCUCCUCCCGUCCUCGUGCACUCCGCAGCCGAAUUCCCCCAUCUCUACUGCUCAGUCCUCCGGACCGCCAGACCUCUCCUCGUCUUGCCAUGGCAGCCGCAGCACUGAGGGCACAGUACACCGAGGGUGUGGUGGACGAGGACACGUUCGAGGAGCUGCGGGAGGAGGGCACCGCCGCCGAGGUCUCCCGCCUCUUCAUCAAUGAUGCCCACGAGAUCAUCGACGACAUCGACACCCUGAUGGAGCAGCCCGAAGUGGACUUUGACGAGGUGGAAGCUCUGACGCAGCAGCUCAUGUGGUGCACCUCUAGUGUUGGUGCAGAGCAAGUGAACCUCGCCUGCAUGCACUUCGGCAAUUUCUAUGCCAUAAAUUAUAAAGAAGGGUGCCUCGUGUCCUUGGCUCUUGUUAAGAACGAGUUCCUUACUGUGCGACAUGAGUUGGAGGUCAUGAUCGAGCUCGAAGAGCAGAUUGCGGUAUGUGGUCCUAACUCCUAAGUAGCGGCAAGUGAAGGGGGAAGAGCAUGGCCCCAUGCAAUCCUUGCGUUGUGGUGUCCAUGUGUCUCUGAGGAUGUGGCGCUUUUUCGAAGGUUGUCUGGCACUAGGCGGUGUGUGUGUGUGUGUAAAACUUAAAUGAAUAUUCUCGCGUCAGAACUUUGGGCUCGUAAUCCUGUGAACUAAAAUUGUUGUCCUGUGUUGAUGUUUGUUUCUCUAGUCCAUAUUCAUUUUUCUAAGAGGAAUCAAGUCCAUAUUCUACUGUGUCGUGGAUGUGUUGCCGCCCCACCUACAGGCUGUGUGUAAGACCUGUACCUGG